GUCUGAUCACUUUUUUAAUGAAUUGACAUCAUUCCAGACAGGAUGUAAAUGUGUCUGUGACUUCCUGUACGGACUGAAGGCUGCUGGAAACUGUCCGCCUUUACCGCGGCUUUUUGUCACCGCCCACCGCUACGGCCGCCUGCUCUCGUCUACUUUCCAGGAGAGGUGCAGUUCAUCUCGAACGAGCCUAGUUUUCUCUUAACACCGGACCAUAAUGAGGACACUAUGCCAGAAGCAGCACACAGCACGUCACGUGCUUGGGCGGGUGGGGGCGGAAGUAGAAACUCUUGUCUUCCUGUCCCAUCCCUCCCCAACAUUCUCCCCACCCUCGCUCGGAUACAGCUACACCGACAGGAGCUAGUAGGAUGCAACUUUGUUGCUUCAACUUUUUCUCUUAGACCUUGUUUUAACUUUCGCUCGUGUUUGUUGCCGUUUACGCGCGCUGUUUGUCUCUAAUGAGUCCGUGCUGACACUGCUGCUCCACCGGCCGCAGCUUUGCUUUGCUUUCGUCCUUGUUUUAUUUUCAUAGCAAUGCAAAGAUGUGAUAAGUUGUUAGGGUGGACUGUUCAUUGUCUUGCAUGUAGAAUGUCGCAGAGAUACACACGCUGUAUGCGCUGUUCGCCAUAUAGUUUUAUACUUUGAGACACUGUGUGUUGUGACCCUACGUUAAAAAGAGUGCAGUAAAACUUGUUGAAACUCCUCAGGUGCUGCGGAGGCCCCCACAGUCCGACUGGCUUCAACUAUCAAUCUUUCAGGACAUCAAUGGAUCACAGCAGAGCCGGUGAGGGGCCCAGGCCGGGCGGAAGACCCUCCACUCCCUCCUCUGGGACACCCAUGGUUGCCAAAGGACAAGCAGCACAGGGUGUUCAGAGGCCCAAAGUAAAGAUAACUCCCUUCCACAGCUCACCCAUAGUCAGCAGUGAUGGAGCUCUCCGCAGCAGGCGACUAGGAGCAGUUUCUGGGAAAAGGCUGACAUCUCCUGGCAGCUUGUUUGUGGACAUACCUGGCCGGUUGACUGCUCCACCUAGAGGAAGACUGGCUGCUGCUGCCCCUGCUCCCGCUGCUGCUGCUUCUGCUGCUGGGAGCUCAGAUGAGCCAACUCUCAGUUCAGGCUCUGUAUUGGCCACAGCAGGAGAAAAAGCACAGAUAAGUCCUCACGUCCUCAAGCAUACUGGAAGGAAGGAAGCAAAGUCAAGCACAGAGCUUCAUCACAGCCAGAGAGGCAAAGAGGGAAGAGCUGUCUCCACCUCCAUUAAAUCCCAGACCGCUGUGAAGAAGAAGAAGAGGAAGAUGGGAAUGUAUAACCUGGUCCCUAAGAAGAAGGCCAAGGCCCUUAAACAGCAGGAAAAGGCAGGGCCAUUUAUUCCCGUUUGUCAGACCUCCCACCAGCCCACUGUGGAGGAGCCAGGACCCAGUGUGGAGAAGAACAGCGCUGCAGCAGAUAAGAAACCAGUGACUGUACCGGAGACACUGAAGGCCGAAAAUGCGACAGCUGUCAUGAAUAAAUUGUUGAUGGAGAUGGAUCCGGGAGAAGGCUGCCAUGUGGAAUACACUGAACUGGCUUUGGACUGUCUGGAUCUGAAAGCUCAGGAAGAACUUCUCUCACCUCCCCUGUCAGGGGAUGCUGAGGUGACAGAAACAGACCUGGCUGAGGAGUUACCACUGUGCUGCUGUCGUAUGGAGACUCCUCACAGCGGAGGCAUCCUGUCCACACUGGAUCAGACCUGCAUGGCCACAGAGAGCAUGGAUGGAAUGCUGAUUCGUUGCCAGAAGCAAGUAAUGAGGCAGGAAAUGAUGCGACCCUCUAACACGGUCCAUCUGCUGGUUCUGUGUGAGGAGCACCGGGCUGGCAUGGUCAAGCACCACUGCUGCCCUGGCUGUGGACUCUUUUGCCGGACGGGCACCUUCAUGGAGUGCAGGCCGUAUGGGAGCAUUUCCCACCGCUUUCACCGCGACUGUGCCUCCAUCUUGAAGGAUCUCAGGUUUUGCCCCCACUGUGGAGAGGAUGCCAGCAGGGCAAAGGAGGUCACAGUGUCAAAGGCCGAUUCAUCUCCCUCUGUACCCAGAUCAAACCCCGGACCGUCACUUCCAGCUGUGCCCACUGUGGCCACCCUGCCAUCAGUACCAACCACACCUGCUGUUCCACAGAUACUCAGAGCGAAGAAGACCAGUGAGCCACAGACGAGCAGAGACGAGAGCCCCAACAGGUUAAAGAGUGAGGCUGUGUGUGCUGCAGACAGACUACCUAAAGAGUCACUGGAGAGCAUCCUGACUGCAUUGGAUGAUGAAAACCUGAAACCAAAGAGAGUGAAGUACCCUGCCAAUCAGCUGUACAUCUCUGCAAAACAAGGAGAGCUGCAGAAGGUCAUUCAUCUUCUAGUUGAUGGGAAGGACCCAAACUUUUUGAUGGAGGGCCAAAACAAAGGCACUCCUCUUCAUGCAGCAGCUGCUGAGGGUCACCAGGAGAUCUGCCACAUGCUGGUCCAGGCUGGAGCCAACCUGGACAUGUUUAAUGAGGAGCAGAGAACGCCGCUGAUGUUGGCCUGUGAGAGCAACCAUCUGGAUACAGUGAAGUACCUGCUGAGAGCCGGAGCUGCUGUCAGCCUCAAGGAUAUCAUGGGCUUCACCUGUCUGCAUCUGGCAGCCAAAUUGGGACAUUAUGACAUUGUCCAUCAUCUGCUGUCCAAGGCAUCGAAAUACAUCAACUGCCAAGAUGACGGAGGAUGGACUCCCAUCACCUGGGCCAUCGAAUACAAGCACAAAGAGCUGGUCCACCUGCUUCUGGCCAGAGGGGCCGAUGUUAACAUCAGAGACAAGGAAGAGAAUGUCUGCUUACACUGGGCGGCUCUUUCGGGCUGCGAUGAUGUCGCCCAGGCUUUGCUGGAGGCUCGAUGUGACCUCAGUGCUGUCAACGUUCAUGGUGACUCAUCGCUUCAUGUUGCUGCCAGAGAGAACCACCUGGAGUGUGUGAUGCUGUUUCUGUCUCGUGGAGCUGACAUCAAUCAAAAGAACAAGGAGGAAGAGACGCCUCUGGACUGCUGUGUCUACGGCUCCAAGGUGUGGACGGCCCUCAACACCAACAAGAAGCUGACUGACGCCAGAAGAGGCAGGGACUGUCAAGCAGAACGAGUGCUCAGCAGGGACAUCUCUCGGGGGUAUGAAGCAGUUCCUAUUACUUGUGUGAAUGGUGUGGACAGUGAGGCGAGCCCUGAAAACUUUAGAUACAUACCUGACAACUGUGUCACCUCCCCACUGAACAUAGACAAGGACAUCACUCAUUUACAGCACUGCAGUUGUACAGACGACUGCUCAUCUACUACCUGCAUGUGUGGUCAGCUCAGUCUGCGAUGUUGGUACGACAGUGAGGGUCGACUACCACUUGACUUCUGUCAGAAAGAGCCCCCAGUGCUGUUUGAGUGUCACCACGCCUGCUCCUGCUGGAGGACCUGCAGGAACCGAGUGGUCCAGAAUGGACUGAGAGCUCGGCUGCAGCUCUUCAGGACACAGAAGAUGGGCUGGGGAGUGAGGGCCAUGCAGGAUAUCCCUCAAGGGACAUUCAUUUGCGAAUAUGUUGGAGAGAUCAUCACUGAUGCAGAGGCCGAUAAAAGGGAGAACGACUCUUUCCUCUUUACCCUCGACAAUAAGGUGGGAGAUAUACACUGUAUUGACGCGAGACUCUUUGGCAACAUCGGGCGCUUCAUCAACCAUCUGUGUGAGCCCAACCUGCUGGCUGUGAGGGUGUUCACCAUGCACCAGGAUCUACGCUUCCCCAGGAUAGCUUUCUUCUCCAGCAGGCCCAUCAAAGCUGGAGACCAGAUAGGGUUUGACUACGGCGAUCAUUACUGGAGGGUAAAGAGCAAAUACUUCAGCUGCCAGUGCGGGUCUCUCAAGUGUCGCCACUCAGCUGGUAGCAGAUAGAAACUCACUGAUGACCACUGAUCCCUGAUGAUAUUCUGUUCAUGUCAGAAACACUGUCUCUCUGAACCAGAUUCUACAUAAGAGUGAUGCUAUGAUCACAUAAACACCAAUGGGAUUUUCUGCUAUUCAGUUGUUUCACAGUUUGAAAGCCACAGAUGAAAGAUAAACAUCUGAAAAUCGGUCACCUCAGAGCACAGGAUCUAACCUAUUUUUACACCUAAUAAGGUUACGCCUUCAUAUGAGGAACACUGCGGCUUGCUGCCAGCAAAAAAUACUGUAUGUGAAGGUGGGUUUAACCAGCCAGUAAGCAGGUUAAAUCAUUUUAACAGAUGUUUUAACAUCCAUGGACUCUUCCUUAAAGGCUGCAUUUGCUAACUUUUAUGAAAAUAACAUUUUGUCAUAUUUGCUGAAACUCACUACAUCCACACAGUAGGAAUGCAAGAUAUGGAUUUAUUUUCAGAUGAUACUGAUAAUUAUCUGCUCCUCAUGGCCGCUACUGAUAAGAUAAACGAUAAUGUCACAUUUUUAUAUUUUAAAAAGAAGUUCAUAACCUGUAGUUUAUGCACACCUUAGGGUAAGAGAGGCUAAGAUGUAGGUAGCAAAGUGGACGAUUUAAUAUUCCAUGGCUCUGACCUAAACAAAUCUGACAUCACUACUGUUUACACAACAAAAACAAACAGUAUUGGCACUUCCAAUGUUAAUUUAGUUUGUUUAGUAAAGUACAUCAGAAGCUUGACAAACAUAAUUUGGCUUUUGUAGAGGGUUUUGCCAAAAAUUCAAAUGAAAUGCUCUGACAUAUUCUGUCACAUCAGACAUGUCAGUGUAUUAUACACAAGUAACUGAAGUGCAUCCCUCAAAACAAAGGCUUUGUGUAUCCUAUACAUUGAUUUAUUUGUGGUGGCCUGCAACAAUGUCAACACUUUUUUUUGAGUAUAUAAAAUGGGUAAACACUAAUUUUAUUGUAGAGCUGCACAUAGCAUCUUGAUGAACAGCUCGGUGUUGGAUGUUAGCUGCUGCUGCUGCUGUUGUUUUUGCUCAAGCUAACACAGCAGAUGUUCAACUGAACGUGUGCCGGGAAGACAGCAGCUCAGGAAAUGGUCCUUCAGCUCUGCAGCUAACUAGUGUCAUAGCAGCUACAAAAAGGGAUCAGACCCCUGGCACAAUCAUGUUGUCUUUCUCUAAAACUAUGAAAAACGUCCACACUGGUGUUGGGCUCCCUAGUUAGCAUGCUGCACUUGCUCUUCAGCUUCUUCUUCUUUUUUGUGUUUGUUGGCGAUGUAGGUGCUGUGCCAGUGGAGUCAAUGAAACCAAUUUGGCUUUGUAACAUAAACUGUUUAUCAGCUAUAAUGGUAUUAUCUGAAUAAUUAAUAAUAAUAUAAAUUUCCCAUUAUCAGCUGAUAAUCUAUCGGCCUGACAUAUAUCGUUCAUCCCCACCAAUCACUAUUACAUGUGACACAUAGUCUGUGGGGAAAAAAAAGAAAAAAAAAUGGAUCGGAUGGCAUUUGCUAGAAUCUACUGUGGCUGUUGGAAUGCAGCCAAUCAGAGCCAAGGAGUCUCCCCAGUGCCGCUGUCAAUCAUGUCAAUCAUUGCUCGUGAACUGUGGUCAAACUGUCAAUAUAGGCAGCGCUGAUCAAAUAUGAAUCAAUAUUCUGUUACUGCAUUGUCUAUUUCCUUUCUCAGAUAUUUUCUGAAACAUUUUAGUGUAAUUUUAUGCUGUAAAAUGAGAGUUUGCUCUGGCCAGUGGGUGGUGCUUGGUUUUUGCUAAUUGUUUUCAACAUGGCGGCCAGGUCACAAACUUUCUCAUUUUACAGCUAAACAGUACACUGAGGUGAUAAAUAGGCAAUGCAAUCACAGAGUCUUGAUUCAUAUUUGAUCGGCCCUGCCUAGUUUGACAGUUUGACCUCAGUUCAUGAGCUGUGACUGAUAUGAUGGACAGCUGCAUUAGAGACUCCUUGGCUCUGAUUGGUUGUUUUUGUUCUUGUGUAAUAGGUUUUUGCAAAUGCCAUUAGAGGGGGCAGAGGAACUUUUUUUUCAGAGAUUAUCUGUCUCAUUUAGUGCUGUGUGAAUAUAGUUAGAGUUUCAGCAAAUAUCAGGGGGGUUUUUUUAUAUAAAAGUUCCCAACUGUAGCUUUCAUACUGCAAAGUGUAUUUGUGGAUUAAUAAAGUGAAGUAAUGUUUUGGUAGUCUGAUCCCUUCAAUGAACAUGCUUUUUACUACUUGUCUAAUAAGCAAUUAAACACAUUUUUGAAGUGUCAUUUGUCA